AUGGAGGAUCCCAGCUCGGCUCGGGCUGCAGCGACCAACACGACCGGGGCUGCGGGCGGCUUGUCCCGGAGGAGCCAGCUGCUGCUGGAGGUGCUGCUGGUGCUCAUGUGUUCAGGAGCUGUGAUGGGUAAUUGUCUCGUCCUUGUUAUUGUGGCCGCCACCAGGAGCCUCCAUGUAGUGACGUCUGUGCUGAUCAUGAACUUGGCCGUCAGUGACCUCCUGGUGGGGAUCGGAGUGAUGCCUUUUGUUGCCAUGUCCAUCGUCGACCACGGAUGGGCGCAGUGCGCUGUGCUCUGUCUGUAUGUUGGUUACACCUCCUCCGUGUUCUGCACAGCUUCUGUUCUGACACUAGCUGCUAUUGCUCUCGACCGCUACUUUUCCAUCAUGGACUGCCUGCGUUACAGCUCCCGGUGCACCCUGUGGAGGACUUGCGCUGUCGUCCUGUGGAUCUGGCUGCAGGCCCUGGCCACUUGUAUUCCUCCACUGCUGGGCUGGAGCUCAAUCAUCUAUGUGGUUCCGAUGUACAACUGUGCAACCAACUGGGCCAGCAGUCCCAGCUACACGGUCUUUAUGACUAUUCUUUGCUACCUCAUACCUGCAGUGGUGAUCCUCUUCUGCUAUGUGAACAUUGUGAAGGUGGCCCACAGCCACGCCAGGAGGAUUCAUACCCUGGAGGACUCUGUCCAGCGCCGCAACAACUCCUGUCCUGCCUGCAAUCAAAGUGAUUCAUCUCACCAGAACUGUAGGAGUCCCUCGAGACUUAUCUGUCACAUGAAUGGAGAGUUUACAUCUCGGUUCAGCUCAGAUGCAGCAAAUGUUAACCAUGCUCUUCAUGAAGGACCCACACAACAAAGCAACAUUGCACCCAGACGUUUGUUUCCCUUUCUGGCUCAGAGCAGCUCGCAGCCGCCUGUUCAGAACCAUCAUCACGGAGUGCUGCGCCUUCUUCUGAUCAUCACAGCUUUCCUCAUCUUCUGGACACCCCACAUAAGCAUUGCUCUUGUUCAGGCCACUGAAUCUGCAGUUAAAGGCCAACCUAGCCUCAUCCCAGGCUCUGCCAUCACCAUCUCUUACUGGCUGAUGCUGCUGAACUCUGACAUCAAUCCUCUCCUGUAUGCUCUGCUGAGUAAACGUUUCCAAAGUGCCCUUUGGGGACUUGGGCACAGAGCAAGAGCCAGUUUAGGGAGUGUGCUGGGCAGGAAGGAUGAAGUCAGCGCAGAGGGAGAUGAGCUCAGGAACAGCGACCCUUGCACUCUGACUUCUGCACAUCCCAGUCCAGCUUCCAGCACCGAAAGUUUAACCUGUGAGCAUGCAAAGUAUUCCUCCUCCAUCUUUACCAUUAGUGCUGGCAUUGAGCGUCGCUCUGAGGUGCACGUGUGUAAAAUCUGUUGCCCUGAUAACACCUCUUCUUCCUCUGUGCGGCCAGAGUCUGGCAGUGGGAGGGAACACAGUCUGCAGGUCCCAUCUCGGCCUCACGAGAGAAGCAGACUUCCCUUCUCUGCUCUGACGAAGGAGCAGCAGGCCACGUUUUUCUUCGGCCAGAUUACUGUGAGAGUAGAGCACGACAUCUGCUGA